CUUUCGACUUCUCGGGCCCGAGUACAUGCACUGCUACAACACCAUAUAAACAUGUCGACGAAGGACAAGAGCUUCGAGGUUGCAAUUGUGGGUGGCGGCAUAGCCGGCAUAGUGCUCGCGAUCUCCCUCAUCAAGCGAAACGUGCCAUGCGUCAUCUACGAGCAGGCACAUGCGUUCACCGAGCAAAGCGUCGGCUUGGGUAUGACGCCAAAUGCAUUGUGGGCCAUGCAAUUGUGCGAUGCUACGAUCCGUGAAGCCUUUGACAAAGUGACUGGGCCGCUGUUCCAGUGGAACUUUCUCGAUGGAACAGGCGAGACGGACGACAGCAUCACUCAAAUAUCUAUUGGCGAUACGGCCGAAGGAUUGAGGGGUUGUCAUCGAGGGCAGUUCCUGAAGGAGUUGCUUGGGUUAAUUCCUGAGAGCACAAUCCGGUUCAAGAAGCAGCUGGAUCGGAUUGAAGAACCCAAUGGCGCCCACGGAAAACUACUAAUGGUCUUCAGCGACGGUACUACAGCAGAAACGGACGCGGUGAUCGGCUGUGAUGGGAUCAAGUCCCAGAUCCGUGGAAUUGUCGUCGGGCGCGACCAUCCGUCUGCAAAGUGCACUUAUUCGCACAAAUACGCCUAUCGGGGACUCGUCCCAAUGUCCCAGGCUAUAGAGAUCUUAGGAGCGGAGAGGGCGGGUACUUUCGGACUAUGGGUGUCUCACGAUGUAAACCUCGUCAGCUACCCGGUCGCCCGUAGCACCAUGUUAAACGUUGUUGUCCAUCGCACCGGCGUCGAGGAUUGGCCCAGCGAGACACAGCUGACGCUUCCUGCAGACCUGCAAAGCUGCCUCGAAGACGUGAAAGGACUUAGCCCUCGCCUUCAAAAGAUCGUUCUGUCCCUGAAGGGCCUUGACCGAUGGGGGCAAUUCGACCUUGGGGAGUGUCCUCCGACAUAUGCCAAAGGCCGCAUUUGUCUCAUUGGCGACGCAGCCCAUGCGACCACGCCACACCUGGGCGCUGGGGCUGGCAUCUGCAUAGAAGAUGCCGCAGUCAUGGCAUCGCUGCUAGCAGUGGAUAGAGUCCGAGGCGGUCCGGACAUCGAAGCAGCCUUUGCUGCGUUUAACGCAAAUCGUCGGGAGCGAGGCGAGUGGCUUAUUCGAAAUAGCAGGCGAGCCGGCGAGCUAAUCCAGCUUCAAUCUGAGCACAAGAAAGACUUCCGGAAGUUGGAAUCAGAACUCCAAUCGCUUGCCGCCAAAGUGUAUAGGUUUGAUGUCGAAAUGAACAUUCGAGAGGCUGUGGAGGAUCUGAACAAGCGACUCUCAGCGGCCUAGACACACGGUACUUGCAUAUAUGAGAAGCCAGGAAGUUAUCUCCAGUCCGUUUGAGUGUGCUCAAAGGACUUUCCUGAGGAUGGCUUCUACACCUGCGUCUUGGCGCUCCUCGAAAAUGUCGGCUGUUUGGAGAGAAACCGACGAUGGUACACGCCAACACGAAUACCUUUUUCAAGAUUAACAGUAAGCCCCAACUAUGUAGAGAGCCGCGUGUCUCUAAGCUCAAAGCUAUCAUAGCCAGCCUUUAAUUUACCUGUUUGUCACCUCG